AUGGCGGAUUUAGGGGGACAACAGGGCCGGAACUACCGGCCCUACGGCCAUCCCUCUAACUUCCAGCGAGAUGCUGCAUUUUCAGAAAUCUUUGGUGGAGCACCGCCACCGGGACGUUCGCAGACUAUGACUUCGCAAACCCCCCAAUUUUCUCAAGAUCGAGCUCACACCAUGUCAUCUCAUGUGCCACAUCCCCAGAUGCAAAGGGCCCCGCCGCAACCUACACGCCAGAUGCAGAAUGGCUAUCCGCCAGCUUCCUCCAAUGGGUACUACCAAGCAUACCCCGGAAACGCUGCGCAACCUUCACCGCAGAAUCUUCCCCGGCCGUACCCAGGACGAUUUGCCUAUCCACAGCCUCAACGUUUGGAUUCGAGGCCGACUCCAGGUUCCCAAUACCAGGAUAUGAAGGUGCCCGGUCGGCCGAUGCCUCCCCCGGCCAUGAAUUCUGACUCUUACCGGUCACGCUCGAUGGCAAGGAUGGGUGGGCCCCCAGUUUAUGGACCGCCUCCCAGUAGCUUUAAUCAUACUUCUGCCACCGCUUUUCGCCAACAACCUUACCACCCUGCCGCUCCGAUGACUGCGCAAGGCCGGGUUGUUCCAGAAAGACAUGGAAAUGAACGCGCUAUGUCGAUGACCUCGUAUACGGCCGAUAGGGAUCAGUCACUCACUACGAGUACUGGACGUGUGAUUCCGACCAGAAGGAAUCCGUCCGGACCAGCUCCUCCUCCCCCGAUGAAGCAAGAACCAGAGCAGGUCAAUGCACAGUACAACACAAAUAUCAAAUCCCGAACACCAAGCGACGCCUCGACGAACUCCCGCUCCAUGUCUAUGGCCUCCACCACCAUGUCAGUGGCGUCGACUGUUGUCCCCGAUCGGACGAUGAGCAUACAAAGCCAGUCGCAGCCCAAACACAACGGCUCAACAAUUACCCAUGCCACAAGUACUUCACGUCGUAGCAAAGUACCCUUGGUCUACCCGGCCCUUCUCUCCCGGGUCGCGGAUAUCUUUCGGGAGAAGAUCGCGCUUGGUGAACGGCAGAAGAACGGAUUGUCCUAUCAGAAUGCCUUUAGCGGUGCCGAGGCAGUGGAUAUGAUUGGUUACAUCGUCAAGACAAAUGAUCGGAACUUGGCUCUUUUGCUGGGUCGAGCACUCGAUGCGCAGAAGUUCUUCCAUGAUGUGACGUACGACCAUCGUCUCCGGGAUACUACUGGCGAGCUUUAUCAAUUCAAAGAAACCAUGGGAGAGGAAGCCCCUAGUUCCGAUGUGAACGGAGUUUUCACUCUUUUGACCGAGUGCUAUUCACCAACGUGCACGCGCGAAACCUUAUGCUACUCGAUAGCAUGCCCCCGAAGAUUGGAGCAGCAGGCCCGAUUGAAUAUCAAACCUCAGCCAGGAUUGCGCACAUCUGCCUCCAAGGGCAGCUUGCAUGGUGAUGAUGACAACGACGACCAGAAACUGUGGAUCAACAUGGUUCCGAAAGAGGUGUCGGACUCUAUCGACGAUAAACAGAAGAAGCGCCAAGAGAUUAUUUUCGAACUCAUGUACACGGAACGUGACUUUGUCAAGGACUUGGAAUACUUGCGAGACUUCUGGAUGCGGCCAUUGCGUUCUGCGGGCAACGCCAAUCUUUCUCCAAUUCCAGAGCAUCGACGAGAGAAAUUUAUCCGUACAGUGUUUGGAAACUGCUUGGAAGUCCUUAAGGUCAAUAGUGCUCUGUGUGAGGCUCUAAAUAUGCGGCAAAAAGAAAGCCAUAUUGUGCAUACUGUCGGCGACGUUUUCCUUCAACAUGUGCCGAACUUUGAACCUUUCAUCAAGUAUGGUUCCAACCAACUUUACGGAAAAUACGAAUUUGAGAAAGAGAAGGCGUCAAAUCCGGCCUUUGCACGAUUUGUGGAGGAAACGGAACGUCUCAAGGAGUCUCGCAAAUUGGAGCUGAAUGGUUACUUGACUAAGCCCACCACCCGUCUAGCACGGUAUCCACUGCUCCUCGAAUCGGUUUUAAAGAGCACACGCGAUGAUAACCAGGACAAGCAAGAUAUUCCCCAAGCUAUCAAAAUUAUCAAGGAUUUCUUGUCCCGUGUCAAUACCGAGAGUGGAAGAGCAGAGAAUCAUUUCAACCUCGUGCAGCUCGACUCAUCCUUGAAGUUCAAUCCUGGUGACUAUGUCGAUUUGAAGCUCACAGAGGAGAAUCGCCAGAUGCUCACGAAGAUGGCGUUCAAGAAGACACCAACCGAUAGCUCGGAGGUUACUGCGUAUCUCUUUGACCACGCGGUGUUGCUAGUCAGGAUCAAGGUGGUCAAUAAGCGCGAAGAGUAUCGAGUCUACAGGAAACCUAUUCCUCUGGAGCUCUUGGUGAUCGCGCAAAUGGAUGAAGUGAUUCCAAGGGUUGGAAUCUCGAAACGCCCCUCGUCCAGUCUGCUUUCCAACAAGGCUGCUGUCAAUCCUCCGUCAACGAAAGACGGGCUUCCUAUCACGUUUAGGCACCUUGGUAAGGGUGGCUAUGAGCAGACACUGUAUGCUACGUCGCCAACUCAAAGAAGGAAAUUCAUCGAGAUGGUGGAAGAACAACAACGGAAGCUCAGAGAGCGAAACAGUAACUUCUACAACAAGACUGUGCUGUGUGAGCACUUCUUUACAUCUGUCAACCGAGUGAAUUGUCUUGUUCCAGUCGACGGUGGUCGGAAAUUGGUCUACGGUACAGACAGUGGCAUUUACCUUUCAGAUCGUUGGCCAAAGGACAAGUCCGCAAAACCAAGGAAGGUGCUAGAUGUCAGUCAGGUUACUCAGAUCGAUACCCUGGAGGAAUAUCAGCUUCUUCUGGUUUUGGCAAACAAGACACUCUCGUCUUUCCCGCUGGAGACUCUUGAAGUGGUGGAAGGUCAAAACACCUUGUCCAAGAGGCCCAAGAAAAUCCAGGGCCAUGCCAACUUCUUCAAAGCCGGCAUAGGUCUUGGUCGCCAUCUAGUAUGCUCUGUUAAGACUUCUGCUCUGUCGACAACCAUCAAGGUCUAUGAGCCGAUGGACAAUCUCGCCAAAGGAAAGAAGAAGUCCGCUGUUAGUAAGAUGUUCCAGAGUGGACAGGACACACUCAAGCCGUUCAAGGAAUAUUACAUCCCAGCUGAAUCGUCCUCGAUACAUUUCCUGCGCUCGACGCUGUGUGUUGGCUGUGCUCGUGGCUUCGAAGUCGUCAGUCUCGAAACCACCGAGACCCAAUCCCUGCUCGAUCAAGCCGAUACUUCGCUUGAUUUUGUUGCAAAGAAAGAGAACGUGAAGCCGAUCCACAUCGAACGAAUGAACGGAGAGUUCCUUCUAAACUACAGCGACUUCUCAUUCUUUGUCAAUCGCAAUGGCUGGCGCGCUAGACCUGACUGGAGGAUUUCUUGGGAGGGUAAUCCCAACGCAUUCGCGCUUUCUUAUCCCUACAUCCUUGCUUUUGAGCCCAACUUCAUUGAGAUCAGACACAUCGAGACGAGUGAACUGAUCCACAUAAUGACGGGCAAAAACAUUCGCAUGUUGCAUUCCUCAACGAGAGAGAUUCUCUACGCCUACGAAGACGAAACCGGGGAGGACGUGGUCGCCAGUUUGGAUUUCUGGAGCAAGGCACCACAGAACUAG